UAUAGCGCACCCCAGUCUUACAACUCCAGUUCCAAAUUUUUAAGUCAACCUAUAGUUACAACCGCAGCAACUAGAUAUGAAGAACUUGUUAAGUUUUUUAAUGUUUGCCUUAUGUAGUAGACUAAUUAGAGGACAGGGAACAGCUCCACUAAUAACGAUUUCUGAUGGAAAACUGAAAGGCUCAGUUAAUUCUACCUAUAGCCAAAAGCUUACCUAUUAUGCAUACCGAGGAAUUCCGUUUGCUAAAAAACCGAUCGACGAUCUCAGAUUUGCACCACCAGCAAAGAAUGACCCAUGGAAUGGAACCUUAGACGCAACUAAAGAUAAAGAUAAAUGUACUCAGAUUGCUUUAUUUUAUAGUCCGUCUACAAAUGUAACAGGCUCAGAAGACUGUCUAUACAUUAACGUUUAUACUACAAAUGUGACUGGAAACUUACCCGUGAUGGUAUGGAUAUAUGGUGGUACAUUUAUGGGAGGUACAUCUGCAUACUAUCAGUACGGCCCAGAUUAUUUUUUGGAGAAAGGAGUAGUCUAUGUAUCAUUCAAUUACAGAUUAGGUAUUUUUGGAUUUUUAAGUACUGAAGAUUCAACAGCACCCGGCAACUGGGGAUUAAAAGAUCAAGUUUUGGCGUUACAAUGGGUAAAACAAAAUAUUAAAAGUUUUGGAGGAGAUCCAAACCAAGUGACCAUUUUUGGACAAAGCGCAGGAGGAGCUUCUGUAUCAUACUUAACCCUGAGCAAUUUGACGACAGGUUUAUUCAAAGGAGCAAUUCUUCAAAGUGGUUCCAGUCUGUGUCCAUUUGCUCAUACAACCAACGCGAGGGUAACGGCAUUUGCAGUAGGUUUAAGCCUGGGGAUUGAAACUAUAAGCUCCCAGACGCUGGUUGAGAAGUUAAGAAAAAUCGACUAUAAAACUUUGAAAAUAGCCGAAAACAACGUAUCAAACAUAUACGCAAUUACGGAUGGUUUCUUGGGAGGUAUACCGAUGGGAGUUGUCACGGAACCUGCUCUUCCUGGUGCAUUUAUAACAAAAAAGAAUUGGGAGCUGCUUUCAACAGGACAAUUCCAAAAAGUGCCAUUACUUAUGGGUUUUAGCUCAAAUGAAAGCGCAAAUUUGGAUCUUAAUGCUGUGCGGAGCACGCCUCUUUUGCUGCAAUACAGUUUGGACUUAAAACUCCUUGCUCCUGCAGGCCUAACAAAAAAUUUAAUUAAGCAAAUUUUGGCUGGAGCUAAAGUAAGAGGGCACUAUUUUAACACUGUCAAUAUCGCAAGUGAUCCCAAAAAGUUCACUCAGUUUCUCAAUGCUAACCAAUUCAUAAGGCCCAUACGAGAAACGGUUGCCCAGAGUUCCAAGUUCUCCAAAGUGUAUUUUUACGAAUUUGCAUACCAAGGACACGUUGGAGAUCCAAAUAAUACACAUCAAGGCGUUGCUCAUGCAGAAGAUUUGAACUAUGAAUUUAUUAUGUCCGAUGUAACUCCAACCGCAGCCGAUAAGAAAGUAAUUCAGAAAAUGGUGACCUUAUGGACCAACUUUGCUAAAACAGGGAAUCCUACGCCUUCAAGUAACUCCGAAGUUCUGGAGGGCCUAAUCUGGGAACCAAAUGGCCCAGGUUCCAAUGCUAGCGCACCCAUAAAAUAUCUCAAUAUUGACACCAAUUUCACUAUGAUGACGAAUCCAUUCCAAGAUGAUUGGAUCUUUUAUCAAAAUUUGUACAAAACUUAUGGUGAUCCUCCAUACGUCACCUAUUGAUUAGGAGACAUGUAACUUUGGGAUCUUUAACACCUUGAAAAUCUAUAUUGUUUUAUGUUAACCCUUUCAUUGCACCUGACCAUGUAUUAAAGUUCCAACAAACCUAA